GUAGUGAUGGUGGUGAUGGUGGAUGUUUACUAAGUAACGGAUUACUAACGCGCGUGAACGUUAGAGGCGGCGCAGUUGCGUCAUUGCCUCAGCAGCCUGUUCGGGCUCCAGCUGAGCUCUGAGCUCCAUGAACACUGUCUGCUGCUUUAUUCAUUUUUAAACUCGCUGUGUUGGGAUUUCAUGGCGUGUUGGGUGUCGGGACACAGCGCUAGCAGUGACAGCUAGCCCGUGGCUGUGUGUUUGGCUUCCCCCCGGCUGUGCGAGCUAACCCGGCUAGCUGACGUUAGCUGUGUUUGUGCCGUGACUCACCCACAGCACUAGCGACAGCCGUACAGCGGAGCUCAGCUGCUUUGUGGACGUGGCUUUUUCUCUCUUUUUUUCAACACUAUGGUCCUACGAUACAUGUAUUUAUAUUUAUUUAUAUUUUAGCCGUGUCAGCUUGUGUGUUAUUUUCUCUUGGUUUGGGUGUUUUUAAUGAGAUUAUACGCUCCUAAGCUGCACUGCAGUAGCACUACAUUACAGACAGCUGAGGCUCCACGGGCUCCGCUUCAUGUUUCCGGAGUGACAGCGGAAGAGUUUGAGUUUCUCUGUAACACACAACGGCGACAAUGAAGAAGUUUUUCGACAGCCGACGGGAAGCGGUGAGUUCGGGGCCCGGGUCUGGAGGCGCCGGGGCCGGAGGCGGCGCGGGAUCCGGCGGAGGAGGCGCCUUCAUCGGCCGCGUUUUCACCAUCGGCCGCUACCAGGUCACUGUGGAGGAGACAGUGGCUGAAGGUGGUUUUGCCAUCGUGUUUCUCGUGCGCACACAUCAGGCCGUUCGCUGUGCUCUGAAGAGGAUGUAUGUGAACAACGAACAUGACCUUCAAGUCUGCAAGAGAGAGAUUCAGAUCAUGAGGGAUCUGGUGGGAAACAAAAAUAUAGUCGGCUACCUGGACUCCAGUAUCACCGCCGUAGGGUCAGGAGACGUCUGGGAAGUUCUGAUAUUAAUGGACUUCUGUAGAGGUGGACAGGUGGUGAAUCUGAUGAACCAGCGGCUGCAGACUGGCUUCAGCGAGUCAGAAGUCCUGCAAAUCUUCUGCGACACAUGUGAGGCCGUCGCACGACUACACCAGCGCAAAAGUCCCAUCGUCCACCGGGAUCUCAAAGUGGAGAAUAUUUUGCUGCACGACCGUGGUCAUUACGUCCUGUGCGACUUUGGCAGCGCCACCAACAGGUUCCAGGACCCUCAGGCCGAGGGGGCGGCUGCCGUAGAGGAGGAAAUUAAGAAGUACACCACGCUGUCCUACAGAGCUCCAGAGAUGGUCAAUCUGUACAGCGGGAAAGUCAUUAGCACUAAAGCUGAUAUCUGGGCUCUGGGCUGCUUGCUGUAUAAGCUGUGUUUUUUCACGUUGCCGUUCGGAGAGAGUCAGGUGGCCAUCUGUGACGGCAGCUUCACCAUCCCAGACAACUCGCGCUACUCGCAUGACGUGCACUGCCUCAUACGUUACAUGCUGGAGCCAGACCCUGACAUAAGGCCUGAUAUCUACCAGGUGUCUCAUUUCGCCUUCAAGCUUGCACGCAAAGACUGUCCAGUACAGAACGUCCAUAGUUCUCAGAUUCCUGCGACGCUUCCAGAGCCAAUCAGAGCGAGUGAAGCAGUUGCCAAGAAGAGUCAGACUAAAGCCAGACUCACUGAUCCAAUCCCCACCAUGGAAACCUCCAUAGCGCCACGGCAACGGCCCAAAGCGGGCCAGGCUCAGCCGGUCGCAGGCAUGCUGCCCAUACAGCCUGCCCUCACGCCCCGGAAGAGAGCCAAUGCCCCAGCGGGACCUGCACAGCCUAUCAGUAUGAACAUUGCCUCUCAGCCACAAAAGCCUCAGCAGCCUGGUCCUGUUUCUCAGCAGCAAGCCACACCUGCAUCCAUACAGGCCACGCCCACUCCCCCUCAAGCCACACCCCAGCAGGGGCAACUUUUCGUGCAGCCACAAGCCGCAGGUUUCUAUCCUCCUCAGCAGCUGUCACCCCAAGUGCAGAAUCUCUACCCACCCCAUCGUCAGAGCACCAACUCACCUGCACCAUCUGCUACAUCUGCACAGGCAAGAACUAAAGCUAAGGCCCCUCAUCCUCCUUCACCCCUUCUGAAUCCCCAACACACUCCUCCACCAGCCACAGUGCAGGCCAGAACCAAAGCCAUGGCCCCUGCCCCUCCUGUGCAGUAUUCUCAGACCGCCCCUGGACACACAAAAAUUAAAGCUAUGGCUCCUCCUCCACCAAUCCAGCAGCAGCUGCCAGUGGCUAAUCUUCUUGCUUCUAGCCCUCCGUCUUUUAAAGCUUCUCCUCCUUCACCUCCAGUCCUACAGGGGGCACCAGCUCCUGACAUGAAUUCUGAGGAGAUGCCAUUUGCAGGUGGGCGUUCGGGCCAUAAAGUGGGCUCUUUGACUCCGCCCUCAUCUCCUAAGGUGGCCUCUCGUGGAGGUCACAGGCGCAUUCUGAGUGACGUCACGCACAGUGCCAUAUUUGGAGUUCCAGUUAGCAAGUCCACUCAGCUAUUGCAGGCAGCUGCUGCCGAAGCCAGUCUCAACAAGUCCAAAUCAGCCAGCACCACCCCCUCCGGCUCCCCCCGCUCCUCUCAGCAGAGUGUGUACCCAGCGGGUGAGGUUGGUACCCAGUCUGCUGCCCCUAAGGCAGAUGCUGGGGCACAGCCUUCCUGGAACCCGUUUGGUGAUGACAACUUCUCCAAAUUGACAGCUGAAGAGCUUCUUAACAAGGACUUUGCCAAACUGGAUGCGAAACCACCAGAGAAGUCCUCUACAGAGAACCUGAUUUCAGGUUUACAACCUGCAGUUCCAAACAAAGGCUUUCCCCAGUGCACAGUAGAGAAGUUGAUAGAGGGUUUGAAGUCUCCAGAACCUUCCUCCUCCUCCUCUUCCUCCCUGCUUAUCCCUGACAUCCCUCUGAACGACCCUUUUAGUCCUGCAGACUCCAGUCGUGCUGGGAUGGAUACUCUUAUUCCUGGUCUGGAAUCUCUACACACUGACCCCGUACUGCCAGACGCCCUGGGUGGAGGGGAAUCUCUACUCGGUGGUCCCCUGCUCUCUCAUUCCUCAUCGGGAGUUCAGGUGCUGCCUUCCCCAAUGUCCUCCACCCCUGCUCAGUCUUUGGAGCAGUUCAUUCCGGCUCCACUGGCCAGUGCACAGCUUCAGCCGGCUCCGGAUCAAAACCCUGACAGCCAGUUUGAUCCCAUUCCAGUGCUCAUCUCCAAAACCCCCAGCCAAGGUGGUAGCAACAGUGGCAGCUCAGAGACCAGUCUGCCCAAUCUGGCCUGCUCCCUGCUGCUGGUGGACCAGCUCAUCGACUUGUAGAAGACACACAGAGAGAGGGGGAGGGAGGGAUAGAGGGACAGAAAAAAAAACAUGCAGGGAAAAUGUGCAAUUCAUACACAAAGCUAUAGUUUAGGUUAUGAAUGAAACAAGAUAAUACUAUACUGGAUCCCAAAAGACUGUGUCCUCCUCCUCCCAUGUCUGUCUGUCAUUCACGUUAUUGUUGUUUUCGGUUUUUCUUCUGUUGCGCCAUCAUUUGCAUAAAAACCCAUCAUGCUGUAUGUGCACCUGGUCUAUAGAGCAGGACAGCACUAAGUCUGUUCCGCGGUAGGGACGGCACAAGAACGCAAGGAUUUACAAGUGAUAACAGUGACAUAAUGUUUUAUAAGUUACUUUACAGUCCAGUAUCAAAUAACAAGACGUAAAUCCUUCCAGAAAUUGAGCUGUAAUUGGUUAUUUUGCCAUUUUAUGCAGGGACCGUGGAUCGAUUGCUCCCACUGGCAUCAGGGACAUGAACAUACGUUCUAUAGAUCAUCACUAGGGCUCCACUACGGGCCCUUAUUCUGGUCCAAAGAUACACCAACAAGCUAUCUGUAGCUACAAACACAUGCAGUAAUCCAGAAAAACUGAGCAAAACAGUGCUGUUCACAAUGUAGUGUAAAUUAUACAGCAAAAAGCUGCCACAUAAGGGCUGGUUUAUACUUCUGCGAACAUGUGCAGACAUUUACAUAGGUGUCUGCUAGGACCCUUGAGUGAAAUAUGAACGUUUACACUAGGGGGUGGUGUUGCAUGUACCAAGCCACAAAGUACAGAACAAUAAACAAACUCUCAUGCGUCACUUUAGUAGAGCGAAGGGAUAUAUGAAGAAAAGUACUGUACAUGAUAAAGAACAGGUUUAUUUACACAAUUUUUUUCUAUGCUCACCUCCACAUCUUCGUCCAUUUCACUUUGUUGUCACUGUCCAUGAACUGCUUAGAAGAUUGAGCAAGUCAAGGUGUAUCAAUGCGUAUAAUGUCAUGCCUCUUUCGCCUUUGCACUGAUUCUGCUUUGGGUCUUGUCCUAACUCCAGUGCUUGUCUUAAUUGGAGAUACUCUCCUUUCCCAAGCAAUCACCAACACCCUUGAUUCACAAAACAUGUUGUUCACAUUUUGGAGGUGUCUGCACUGACUGUGGGUUAAUGCUGAUAUGUUUACGUGCCUCUUCACCAAAGUGUAAAUCAGCCCUCACUCUGCUACCUGUACUUGUACUCCAUUACUGCAUGUAUAGACGUGGAAUGUUGUGCAAAAACAAAAUUCCGAUAAUGUCUUUCACCACAGUUAAGUACACAGCAGAGUUAAGUACACCAAGUUUCCUUGAGGCCACAAACAUAAGCCAGCGGUAUUCAGCUAAAAUUUGUAAAGGUCGAGCUGCAUGAAAUUCUUUGCUUGCAAAGAUCAUAACCACUAACAUGAUCAAAUGGUGAGAAGAGUAACCUUUAAAUGGUUAACCAUUAAUAUUUAUUUUAUGAUUAUUCAAAGUGGUUAUAUUUUGUUUCCUAGUAGCACUUCACGUUACCACUUUCAGCUAGCUCCAUGGACUCUGAACAGAUGAGAAUAUGCGCUUAUUACUCUGUCCAUUCGUUUUCAACAUUCUGUUUUCAUCAGCCACAUUUUGUCUCUAGCCCUGUAGCUGAUCUCUGGUCAGAUGAGACACCUUCAGCUAAAUAAUUUGCCUUGACUCGAAUGACUUAGAUGAGCCACAGCAGAAGAUCUGCUACAGAAGCCGAGCUGGUUCAUGUUUCGAAAAGAAGUGUCGCUGAACUAUGGCCAUUUGUUUCUCCGUACAUUGAACAGCUCUGGUACAGUAUUUUCUUGAGUGUUUGGUUAUAUCCACUCAGAGACUUUGCUGAGUCCAGACUGAGUUCCACCAGUUGAUGACCCCUGAAAUAGAUUACCUGGGAAAGGUACCGAAAAUUACAUGUGUAUAGCACAGUGGAAUGUAAUGCUCCAAAUCUGUUUCUCAGCACAAUGCUGGGAUCAGAACAACUCCAAACCAAAUCUCACCUGGAGGAAUCCAAAGACUGCAAAAGGAGGAAGCUCUGAACACUUCCUUUUCAGACAGAACCUAAGCGCUGACUCGAGGGAUUUCGGGUUGUCUUAUAUCUUAUUGCAUGAUUUCGACUUGUAGCACAUUCCAGCCUUACUGAGGCACAACGAGCACAGGAAGUGCAAUAUACAGGAAGUCCCUCUGCCGAGCGCCACCACAUACACGUUUCUGCUUGCUGAUGUCACGUAAAUUAUAAUGAUGGCAUACACUCCAUAUACGCCUGCUGUGCUUUAAAUAUAUAGUCCGUGCAGGGCUGAUCAAGCUUACACCAAGCUCUGCAUGUGCAAUAUCAAUUAUAGACAUAUCAGCAGUAUUAGCAUAAGAUAUCGCAUCACUCAAUGUAUUCACACUGCUGUGUAUGCGCUUGGACCUUUAAUAUGAUCAGAGAUUAGAAAUUCAGCUUUAUUGCUAUUCUCAGGACAUGUCGUGUGCUCACAUUAUCAUUUAUUGCCUCUGUGUGUUCUGCCUCUGAUUUGUUUUCAGUCGUUUGUUCAUUUGUUCAUUCCUUGAGCUUGUGUUGCUUUCUGCUUUUUGGUUUCAACCAAAUUUUCCAUGUUUUGCUUUAUGUGCACAAGUCCAUCAUAUCAUUAAUGUUUUUUUCCCCAUUAGAUAGAAGUUAAAAAAAAAAAAAAAGGCUGCAUGUGCAUAUCCAACAUUUGAAACAUGUAGUUAGAAUAUUAAUCAUUUAAAAAGUCACAGAACUCAGUGUUCUUGUUAAUUGUAGCUGUUAAUAGUGUUCUUGAUGAAUGUAUGAACAUCUACACUCAAACUGCAUUAUUCUUAUCACAUUUAUUACAGUUUAUGAAGUGUAUUUUUAUGUAAAUCUGAAGUGCAAAAAUCUUAAAUCCAGUCUUUUCUUACUUUCCUUCUCCAUAUUUUAUUAUAUUGCAAGAGUGAAUCAUGCAAAGGCAUUUUUAUGCUUUGCUGGGGAUCAGUGCAGUACUAAUCAUUUUGUACAAAAUGGUUUUAUAAGAGUUUUAAACUUGUCUGCUGGAGAGACAAACUGAUCACUAGAUGAAGAGAAAAAGCUUUAAAGGUGCAGUUUGUAGUAUCUAAAAAUGAUUUAGGCCUAGUGUAGUCAUAUACUAUUAAAGUAGGUAUGGCUACUUUCAGCUUCUUCAGGCUUGUGUUUAAAUUUUUCUGACCCGGAAAUUAGCUCCACCCCUACCAGAACAGAGGAUCUAGCAUAACUCAGAAGGAAAAUAUAGCUUCUACACAGGCAGAGGUGAUAAUUUGUGCAUCUCUUACACCAGUUGGCUCAGUGGCUAAAACUUUAGGCUACUGACUACACAGAAGGUUAUGAGUUCAAAUCUCAGCACUUCAGCCCUCAACUUUUCAGUUGUAUCCUGUCUCAAUUGUAAAUGUAAAAAUCGAUGUAAAAAAAAAAAAAAAAGUUAAAUAUCAAUUCACCUCAAAAAAUUACAAACUGCCCCUUUAACUCUUGCAAUCAUUUUUAAUCAACACUUCAUUUUUAAAGCUACGUUUUCUUUCAUCCUGUGAGAGGGAGAGAAAGAGAUUGAGUUUGUAAAGACAUCCUUUCUCCUUUCCUUUAACUGAGCUUAUGAUGGAAUUGACUUCCUGAGGUCGCUGCCCUGUCUCCACUGAGCACGAACCUUUUCUUUACACGUCUUCUGCCUCAUGCUGCAGGAACAGGGAACGAGUAUACAGCCAUCCGUUGUACAUUUCUCUAACUGUAUAAUAAAUAUUACACCGACGAAGAGUGCCAAGCUCAUAAGCAGGGCCUGAGCACCAUUUCAGAGAGCAGUUUUCCCAGGACAUGUCCUUACAUUUAGAUAAUUAUAUGAUAUAGAGAAUUAUGAUUGCAUAUCAAAACCAGUGUGCUACUGUCCACAGACCGCCAUGUGCAUGCUGAUCUCAGAUCCUUACUAAAGCACUACUGUCACAUGGAAUCACUUCCAUCGAGACGUUAGUGCUAGUAAAGUAUACUUUAAGUUAAAGUUCGAUGUUUCAAAUGAAAGAAUAGUAUUUUGUUUCUGUUUUUAAUUCUGAAGCAAUGCAAAUGUAGUGGUUGUGUAAUUAUGUAAAUUUCUGUAGUUAAUGUAUUCAUUCUCAUCAAACUUAGCAAGUCCUCGUCCCCUCGUACCAUCCGGUUGUAUGCAGCUUGUAACGUGGCUGACCUAUGCAAUCCUAUUUGCAGUAACCCCACCCUGGCCAGCCCCCCCCCCCCCCCCCCCCC